UGUUUGUUUGAAACUGGAGAGAUUACUGAAAAUUCCUGGAAAGAUCCUUCCUUUCCUUGGGUAGAAAAACACAUCGGAGAUACAAUUCCAGAUUCAUUCCACCACGAGCUUCCUCUCCGCGAUUGUUUGACUUUUUCUGUUCAUCUCCGAUUACGAUGAACGGAGGUCCUUCUGGUUUCAAUAACGCUCCGGUCACGCGAGCCUUCGUCAUCACGAGCGUCCUCUUCACUGUCUUCUUGGGGAUCCGCGGAGGAGGAGGAGGUUCUUCUUCCAAGCUCGCCUUGUCUUAUCAGGAUGUUUUUGAGAAGUUUAGGAUAUGGAAGCUGAUCAAAUCGAGUUUCGCCUUCUCCUCCACCUCAGAAUUGCUCUUUGGCGUGUAUUUGCUUUACUACUUCCGAGUCUUUGAGAGGCAGAUUGGUUCGAAUAAGCACUCGGUUUUCAUCUUGUUCUCUGGGUUUGUAUCACUAAUUCUACAGACCAUCGUGUUAUCACUCUUUAAAGACUCUUCAGCAAACCUACUGACAUCUGGACCAUACGCUCUCAUAUUUGCUUCCUUUGUACCCUUCUGCUUGGACAUUCCUGUUUCAAAGAGGUUCAAUGUAUUUGGCCUACACUUCUCUGAUAAAUCAUUCAUAUAUCUUGCUGGUGUCCAGCUUUUACUAUCUUCUUGGAAAAGAUCCAUGUUACCUGGUAUUUGCGGCAUAAUUGCUGGUUCCUUGUAUCGUUUAAACAUCUUUGGUAUCCGCAAGGCAAAGCUCCCUGGGAUCAUAGCUUCGUUCUUUUCCCGAAUGUCAUUGCCAUCCUCGAGCAGCCAUUCUCAGGCACCAAGAAGGACAUCACCCAGCUUAGGUCGCCAAGCAGUGAGAUCUUAUCAAGCACCGAUACCGUCAAGUAUAGAGCCAUCUGAGGAAGCUAUAGCUACUCUGGUGUCUAUGGGAUUUGACCAGAACGCAGCUAGGCAGGCUCUUGUACACGCGAGAAACGAUGUCAACGCAGCCACCAACAUUCUUCUUGAAGCACACUCUCACUAAACCUUCGAUAGGAAAGAUUCCAUUCGAGAUGCAGACGGGAGAGGUGUUCUUCUUCUGCUGUGUUCUAACAUUGCCUUGACGAAAUCAUGUCCAGCGAACGAUCUGAUUUGCAUCCUCUUUUUCUUUCUUUUAGCUUUUUUUUUUGCCGUUGUAUUUUAGGACAACAUCUGUAGGUUGUGUCUAUGUAGUGCACAUUUGCUAGUCUUUUCUUGCUGAUUUGAAAGAUAUAUGGAGAGGCCAUUCUAUGAUUUCAAUCUUCAUA